AUGACUUCAACGGUUGCACUUUCUGGUACUACGGCGAAUGGAAAGUUCUCUUCAGAAAAAAUAAUCCUUUGGUCAGAUGCUUCGUACAAUCAACCGAGAUUGAACGAACUAUCCAUAUGGAGUCCAUGUGCCGUGAUAUUCGCUACCAGUGCAACCUUUGGCACAGAACUUUAUAGUAUCUCUAUAACCAAAACGAACUCUAUCUAUGUUCUUGAUCAUGCAACUGGUGAAAUACAUGUUUGGACGAGUGACACUUCCAACUCUACUAAUACAAUAGCAGCUAAUUUUACCAAGCCAGCAGCGAUGUUUGUUACAAGCAGUGGCGACGUCUUUGUUGAUAAUGGGAACAUAACUGGUGAAGUCGAUCGAUGGAUGGCAGCGACAAAUACUAGCGUUCCAGUCAUGAAUGUGACUUCAUCAUGCUAUGGUCUAUUCGUUGAUGUCAGUAACUCGCUGUACUGUUCCAUGCAUUUCGAACAUAAGGUUGUGAAACGAUACUUGGGUGACACCGACACUACAUUAAUACUAGUUGCUGGUAAUGGUACAAGUGGCUCUCAGGCAAAUAAACUUUCGAAUCCUGUUGGAAUCUUUGUUGAUACUAAUUUCGAUUUAUACGUAGCUGACUACGGAAACAAUAGGAUUCAACUCUUUGCAUCCAGAGCAUCCAAUGCAAUCACGAAAGCAAGUAGUAGCUAUUUGAAUCGACCCAGUAGUGUGGUUUUGGAUCAGGAGAAAAAAUUAUAUGUCGUUGAUAGCCACCAUCAUCGCAUUGUUCGAGUAUCCGAUGCCGGUUUUCAAUGCAUUGUUGGUUGCUAUAGCAGUGCCGCAGCUACAAGUGAAUUGUUUUUUCCUUGGAGUAUGGCUUUUGACAGUCAUGGCAACAUAUAUGUUGUUGAUCGAAACAAUAGCCGAAUCGAAAAGUUUCUUUUAUUGAAUAAAACAACAGGUAAGAUUUUCAACGAAAGAAUACAGUUGUUGUAUCAGAUAUUCACCACUUAUCUCACAGAUAUUUCAUAUAAUCAACCAAGCUUAGAUGGUCAUCGCACUUGGAAUCCAACUAUGAUCAUUUUUGCAGACAAUGAUACCGUCGAUGCGGAAUCUUAUGGUAUUUUUGUCACCAAAAGCAACUACGUUUACUCCGCUGAUUAUGAAAAUCAUGCAGUGCACGUCUGGUCAAACACCUCUAAUCAUUCACAGAAAACUAUAUACAAUAAUUUGAUCAAUUCAGCAUCUAUAUUCGUUACUUUAAAUGCCGACGUCUUUGUUGAUAAUGGGAACAUAACUGGUCAAGUCGAUCAAUGGAUGGCAGCGACAAAUACUAGCGUUCCUGUCAUGAAUGUGACUUCAUCAUGCUAUGGUCUAUUCGUUGAUGUCAGUAACUCGCUGUACUGUUCCAUGCAUUUCGAACAUAAGGUUGUGAAACGAUGGCUGGACGGCGAUGAUACAUUACUGACAACUGUUGCUGGUAAUGGUACAAGUGGCUCUCAGGCAAAUAAACUUUCGAAUCCUGUUGGAAUCUUUGUAGAUACCAACUUGGACCUAUAUGUGGCGGAUUACGGGAACGAUCGAGUUCAAUUGUAUCGAUUUGGAGAUUUGACCGGAAUAACAGUCGCAGGAAAUUCAUCAGUAAAUCGAACACUUCCACUGGAUGGUCCAACUUGUAUUCUACUCGAUGGUUACAAGUAUUUAUUUAUUGUAGACAGUAACAAAAAUCGUAUCGUUCGAUCAACAUCAAGUGAUUUUUUGUGCAUUAUUGGAUGUUAUAGAAGUAGUUUAUCAUCUAAUGAAUUAUUCCUGCCCUGGAGUAUGGCUUUUGACAGUUAUGGAAAUAUUUUCGUCAUUGAUCGAAAUCAUAGACGAAUUGGACAAUAUAUUUUAUUGAAUAACACCGAGGACAUAUCAUAUAACCACCCAAGUUUCCAUACAGUGGAAGCAUGGAAUCCAAAUGCAAUAGUAUUUGCUUCGAAUAAUACUCUUGGCACAGAACUUUAUAGUAUCUCUAUAACCAAAACGAACUCUAUCUAUGUUCUUGAUCAUACAAGUGGUAAAAUACGUGUUUGGACGCGUGACACUUCCAACUCUACUAAUACAAUAGCAGCUAAUUUUACCAAGCCAGCAGCGAUGUUUGUUACAAGCAGUGGCGACGUCUUUGUUGAUAAUGGGAACAUAACUGGUGAAGUCGAUCGAUGGAUGGCAGCGACAAAUACUAGCGUUCCAGUCAUGAAUGUGACUUCAUCAUGCUAUGGUCUAUUCGUUGAUGUCAGUAACUCGCUGUACUGUUCCAUGCAUUUCGAACAUAAGGUUGUGAAACGAUGGCUGGGCGGCAAUGAUACAUUACUGACAACUGUUGCUGGUAAUGGUACAAGUGGCUCUCAGGCAAAUACACUUUCGAAUCCUGUUGGAAUCUUUGUUGAUACUAGUUUUAGUUUAUAUGUAGCGGACUAUGGCAAUGAUAGAGUACAAGUUUUCACCUUUGGAAACAUACAAGGAAGAACAGAAGUGAGUGGCAACCUUCUAAAUGGUCCCAGUGGUAUUAUCUUAGACAACAGCUCAUACUUGUUUAUUGUUGAUAGCAACAACAACCGAAUUAUUCGAUCAACUCAUGGUGGCUUUCAAUGUAUCAUUGGCUGCUAUAGUAGUAGUUCAACUACCAGUGAAUUGGUUUUUCCUUGGAGUAUGGCUUUUGACAGUCAUGGCAACAUAUAUGUUGUUGAUCGAAACACUAGCCGAAUCGAAAAGUUUCUUUUAUUGAAGAAAACAACAGGUAAGAUUUUCAACGAAAGAAUACAGUUGUUGUAUCAGAUAUUUACUACUUAUCUCACAGAUAUUUCAUAUAAUCAACCAAGCUUCUGCCCGUUAUCAACUUGGAAUGAAAGUGUACUGACGUUGGCGAAUAUUAGCACAAUUCGAAAGGAACCGAGCGGGCUUUUUGUCACUAAAAGGGACCUCGUUUACGUUACUCAACGAGAUACAGGAAGGAUACGAAUUUUGGUUAAUAGUUCAUGGAGUGAAACAACUUUGUCUGCCGGCUAUCACAUGAACUCAUCCAGCAUUUUUGUUAGUACAAAUAAUGAUAUUUUCGUCGAUAACGGUGAUACUGUUGGCCAAGUUGAUAAAUGGACAGCAAAUCAAAAUAUUUGUACUCCAGCGAUGUAUGUCAAUUCGUCAUGUUAUGAUCUCUUCGUUGAUAUCACUAACUCUUUGUAUUGCUCCAUCCAGUCUCAACAUAAAGUUGUGAAGCGAUGGCUAGCUGAAAAUGAUACAAUCUUGACGACGGUCGCUGGCAACGGCACCGCUGAUCUCAAACCAAAUAGACUUUCACAACCUGCUGGUAUUUUUGUCCACAUGAAUCUUCGUUUAUAUGUGGCCGACUAUGGAAAUGACAGGAUUCAACUCUUCUUGUUCGGAGAGAUAAAUGGAUCAACUAUUGCAGGCAAUAAGUCAACGAACUACACAAUUACACUCAAUGGCCCCACUGAUGUUUUACUCAAUGAACAGAACUAUUUGUUUAUUGUGGAUAGCAACAAUCAUCGAAUCGUUAGAUCUGGUCCAAAUGGUUUUUAUUGUAUAAUUGGAUGUAAUGGAAGUGGUUCAUCGUCGAAUCAGUUGUCAUACCCAGAUCGAAUGGCUUUCGAUAGAAAUGGUAGUAUCUUUGUUACUGAUACAGGGAACAGCCGUAUCCAAAAGUUUUCGAUUUCAACACUUAGAUGCAAUUUGCCCACAAGUCAACAACCGGUUUUCACUUCAACGGCACUAUCAACUCAAACAAGCACAUUUCCACACCAAGGUAUAUCUCCUACGAAUGUGUCAGACUCAACAACGCACAUCAGUUCAUCAAUGACUAUACCUUCAACUUCAACAUCAUCCUUUCCGGUAUCGGCUUUUAUUCCACCUUCUUGUACGUCGAAUACAAUUGGCAUCACCUGCAACAUUUCGUCCACACCCUGUCAUAUCAUGCAACCUUGUCAGAACGAUGGCAGCUGCUUCGAUAAUAAAAGCAACAGCAACAGUUAUGACUGUUUGUGUCUGCAAGGUUUCAAUGGGUCAAUGUGUGAAAAUGAUCAUCGACCUUGUCAACCAAAUACUUGUUUUAACAGAGGUGAAUGUAAUGCGACAUCGAAUGAAGGAUUCAAGUGUUCAUGUGAAUCAGGAUGGACGGGUGAUCAUUGUGAGAGACAAGUGAACUAUUGUAGGAACGCGACAUGUGUGAAUGGUGGUGUGUGUCGACCAUUGUUAGGUGGUUACAAAUGUGAAUGUCUGAGUGGAAGUUAUUCUGGUCAGCAUUGUGAAAUCAUUUCUCAAACAUUCGAUGCGCGUUUAAUCGUGUCAAAAGCAAUCGGUUACACAGGUUACGUAAUAGUUGGUAGUGUAUGUUUAUUUGUGAUGAUGUUGGAUGUACUGAAAUAUGUAUUUGGUAUUGAUCCAGCACGAGCUCAGUUAGAAAGAAUUCGAAGACGACAGAGACCAAAUAGGAGCAAACGAAAACGCCCCGCGAUUAUACAACGGUUUACUUACGUAAAUAAAUGA